UCCCCUCUUUGCCUCAACCUGUGCUGGAGCAGGAAGUGUUUGAGCAGGCUGGGCAGGGUUUCUUGUGUGGUCUGUCUUUGGGACCGUCGAUUAAGAAGUAUCCUAACGUUCGGAUUAAAGUGACACUCUGAGUCCUGAACAAUGAAUGACCAGCAGCUGGACUGCGCUCUUGAUCUGAUGCGGCGUCUGCCGCCUCAGCAGAUAGAGAAGAACUUGAGUGACCUCAUUGAUUUGGUGCCCAGUCUGUGUGAGGAUUUGCUGUCUUCAGUAGAUCAACCACUGAAAAUUGCUCGUGACAAGACUGUGGGGAAGGACUACUUGCUUUGUGACUAUAACAGAGAUGGUGACUCUUACCGGUCUCCUUGGAGUAAUAAGUAUGAACCACCCAUCGAGGAUGGUGCCAUGCCCUCUGCCCGUUUGCGUAAAUUGGAGAUUGAGGCAAACAAUGCAUUUGACCAGUACAGAGAUUUGUAUUUCGAAGGAGGUGUGUCCUCUGUGUAUCUCUGGGAUCUGGAUCAUGGAUUUGCUGGAGUAAUUCUUAUCAAAAAGGCUGGGGAUGGCUCCAAAAAGAUCAAGGGAUGCUGGGAUUCAAUCCAUGUGGUAGAAGUGCAGGAAAAGUCCAGUGGUCGCACAGCCCACUACAAACUUACAUCCACAGUUAUGUUGUGGUUACAGACCACCAAGACUGGCUCAGGAACAAUGAAUUUGGGUGGAAGUCUGACAAGACAGAUGGAGAAGGAUGAGACUGUUAGUGACUCUUCUCCACACAUAGCUAACAUUGGGCGACUGGUAGAGGACAUGGAAAAUAAGAUCCGAAGUACUUUGAAUGAGAUAUAUUUUGGGAAAACAAAAGACAUUGUAAAUGGCCUGAGGAGUGUUCAGACAAUGGCAGACAAAUCCAGGCAAGAUGCUCUCAAGAAUGACUUGAUGAAGGCCUUGAAGGGCAAGCAGCAAAGUUAGAAAUAGCCAUCUUGUAUGUCCGCUCCUCUACUGCCCCUUGCUACGCACUCUUGUACUUUAGGAAAAGCCCAAUGGUGCCCUUCACACACAGGACCCUUUCCUUUCUUUUCACCCUGUCUGUCUUUUUAAAUUGUAAUUAAUGGCUCAGCACUGUGUUCUUGUAUAUUGAAACCAUUUCUUUAAAAAAAAAAUGACAGCUGUUAAACAACAUGACCUCUUGUACUUUUUGUGUAUAAAAUGUAAAGCAUAAGUGAUUUAAAACAGCAGUGCAGGGUAGGAAUGGCUCCUAUUUGUGGCUGGGAUUGCAUAUACAGCUCUCUUGUACAGAAGGCAGAUGACACUCCGCUGUCUCUUCUACCCUCUCCUUUUCUAGGGCUAGAAUACUCCUUUCUUAAAGGAAGUAGUUUUCUUACCCCAGUUUUUUCGCAAAGCUUAAUCUGAUAAGUAUCCAUCUUGUAAUACAGACACCAUAAUAAAGUUGUUAAAAGAAAAUUUUGAA